UUGGCAGUGGAUGGAGAGUCCUCUGAGAAAAUGUGCAGUUAUCAGGAUGUUUUAAACUAUAUGAACUUGAGCAAAAGCAAUGAGCUGUUCUUCAUGACCCGGCCUGUUAAAGACCACAAACAGCCAACACGAGUAUCCCUGGAAGUGCUGCUGUAUGCCAUUCUUGAUGUGAGAGAGAUCGACCAGAUGUUCAUUCCUUAUGUUUGGAUUAUCACGAGCUGGCAGAAUCAACACAUUGGAUGGAAACCAGAUGACUUUUGUGGCAUUAAGACGGUUUCCCUUCCUUUUGAAGUUUUGUGGAAACCAGAUAUAACUAUUGAAGAAAUGACAGAAAAAGAUAAAGCCCCUCCGAGUCCCCUUCUCACCAUCCACAGUAACGGUUUAGUCAAGAUUCAGAAUGACCAGGUGCUGGUCAGCACCUGCAGGAUGCACGUUUACAAAUUCCCCUUUGACAUCCAGAGCUGCAACCUCACCUUCAAGUCUGUCGUACACUCUGGUGAGCUUCUUGUUCACAAUGUCCAGUCUUCAGAGGACACACACACAAUGAUGCGAACCCAGUAUGAGUGGCUGUUCAUCAACAUGACUGUCAUCAACAAAACUGUUAACAUGUUCGGCCUCAAGCAAGAUGUGCUUAUCUACACUAUUUCCAUGAAGAGGCGUUCUGUCCUCUACAUCGCCAACUUCAUGCUGCCCAUCCUGUUCUUCUUGGCUCUGGACUUGGCCUCCUUCAUGAUCUCAGACAACGGGGGCGAGAAGCUCGGCUUCCAGGUCACUGUGCUGCUUGCCGUCACUGUGAUGCAACUUAUUCUGAAUGAUAUACUGCCUUCUUCUUCAGACAGGAUUCCACUCAUAGUGGUCUACUGUAUUGGGAUUUUUGGUUUGAUGAUGCUGAGCCUCCUGGAGACGAUUCUGGUGCUGUAUCUAAUGGCGAAAGACUCCCAAGACAAUGAGAUGGAUAAAGAGGACUAUAACCAACAGGAUGAAGCUGCCUGUGAAGGGGUUCCAGACAAGAAGAAAUGGACUGCGUGCAUCUGUGAUGUUUCAACAGAUGAAACGCCAAAUGAGCCGCUGAAGGGGAGCAGCAGCCAGCUGACGGAGGAGUCCCAGGCCUUUGUUAAGCUCUCAGAUGAGCUGAGGGAGGUGGUGAAAGCACUGACACUGCUCCUCAACAGCAAGAGGGAAGGAGGGAAGCCCGGCUACUGGACCAGAGUGACCAAAACAAUCAACAAAGUUUUCUUCAUUUUCUAUGUCAUAGCUGCUGGCGUGUUUUUACUCUGUAUGUCUCUCAGUUGGAAUAACACACUAGACUAA